ACAGGAGCUUGUAAGUAAGUAAGUAAGAAAGUGGGUGAGUGUGUCUCUUUAGUGCUCCUCACUGCUGCUGCUCUGUUUUAAUUUCUCUGCUCUAUGAAACUUCAUGGCGAAUUUUGAGGAUCACACACUACUAACAAUCACAAACUUCUGUUUUAUUAUUUUCUUCUUUUCUCAGUUCAUCGAAACUAUAACCCACUACUAACAAUCACACACACCCACAAACUUAAAAAUAUAUUAGAAAAAGCAAAAAAAAAACAAAACAAAACGGAUCAAUUCUUUUGCUUUUGUUUUCUUCUUCCUUCUUCUUUCUCCAAUCUCUCUCUAUUGUAACGUUUCAUGUUGUUACUUACACACUUGAGAAAGUGCGAUAAACUCGGGAGUUAUAAAACAAGAUAAAUUAUAUAUAUACAAAAAUCUCUCUUUCUUUUCAGUUACUUUGUUCUGAUUUGGUUUCUCCUUUUUUUCUCUACUUUUUCUCUCUUUGUGUGACACUUUCAUUUCUCAAAAUCAUGGAGGCAACAGAGUUGCAUUAAGCUUCAUUUUUCUCUGAAGAAAGCUUACACAAUCUUGAAACUUCUCUUCUGAUCUUUGAGUGAAUUAUGCUAAAGAAGAGAUCAAGAAGCAAGCAAGCUUUAAUGGCGGAUACGAACCAGAAACAGAGCAAACCGACGCCGUUUCCAAGGCUCUUCACAGCUUUCAGUAGCUUCAAAAGCUUCACUGAGAACGACGCCGUCGCUAGCCCGACUUCGAUCCUCGACACCAAACCUUUCUCCGUUUUGAAAAACCCAUUCGGAUCCGAUAACCCGAAAACCCAAGAACCCGAAACCCGUCUCAAACCCGAGCCCAGAAGAAUCGGACUCGCCAUCGUCGACUCUCUCAUCCAAGACGAAAACCUUGAACCCGGAUCCGGUACAAUCCUAUUCGGGUCACAACUUCGGAUCCGGGUCCCGGAUUCUCCACGCUCAUCGUCCGAUUUCGGGAUCAAAACGAGGAACUCUCAGCCGGAGACGACGACGACGAAGAUACCAACUCCCGGGUCGGGUCUCGGGUCACCCCGGAUAAUCUCCGGCUACUUCUCGGCCAGCGAUAUGGAGCUAUCGGAGGAUUACACAUGCGUGACGUGUCACGGGCCAAACCCCAGAACAAUUCAUAUAUUCGAUAACUGUAUCGUGGAGAGCCAACCGGGCGUGGUGUUCUUCCGAAGCUCCGACCCGGUAAACGAAUCGGAUUCGGAUAGUUUCCCACCCGACAGCUUUCUCAGUAGUUGCUGUAACUGUAAGAAGAGUCUUGGACCUCGUGAUGACAUUUUCAUGUACAGGGGAGAUAGAGCUUUCUGUAGCAGUGAGUGCAGGGAAUUGGAGAUGAUGACAGAAGAAAAUGAUAUUAAAUGAAUGUUUUUAUUUGAGAGAGAUAUAUAAUAAUUAAUUUUAAAAAAAAAGUUAUGAUAAUGAUGACUAUAAUUAAUAAAAUGUUUAGAUAUGAUAUGAUGAAUUUUGUUUAGUUGCUUUUUUUUUAUUUUGGGUUCGGAGAAGAGAGUAUGGUAUUUGUAUUUAUGUGUAUUAUGUGUUUACUUGCAUAAUCAUAUACAUCUUUUACUUUAAUGAUUUACUUUAAUAAAAUUAGAGAUUACCCAUUACUCUAA